UUUUGUAUCACCACCUAGAUUUCUAACUCCGAAAUGGAGCCUGAAGGAUUGGUCUCAGAAGCAAGCUGGAACUCAUUCGAUGCAGUGAUGUCGGCCGAGGAGUCUGAGAUGAUUGCACACCUGCUAGGUGGCCACCAAUUCCUGAAUGAGCUUGAUCAAGACCCGACCAUCGAAAUGCCACCAAUCUUUGGGCCGGACCAUGGUGCUGAUCAGUAUUAUUGUUUGCAUGAAACUAGUUACAAUCCAUACUAUUGUUCUCAGGGGACAAGUAGCACUAGUACUAGUAGUUUCUCUCUUCCCCUUGCUGACAAUGGAUGCAGCUACUUGAGUGAUUCUAAUGCUGUUCCAGAGAUCAGCAUCAGUCCCACCACCACAGUGGAUUUUAGCAUUGAGAAAGAGCAAAUCAUUGCUCCAUCCCUUGCUGUUGUUUCCUGUCAUCAAUUCAAUGAGCCAAUUUGUGCGACAGAGAAGACAUGCAGCGACGAAUUCAGAGUCUCAAAGGAGAAGUCAUCGGUGCCUGCUCUUCCUUCUCAUCAGAACUCACAAGCCGCCAAGAAAAGGAUGCAUGUAAGUGAUGCUGAGCAGCCCACUACAAAUGAAAAAGAUGGCACCUCGAUUGGAAGUCCUAAGAAGAAGGCUCGGGCCUCGACACUGGUACCUAAGAAGGGGAAGAAUGCUCAGUCUAAGAAAGCUCAAAAGAGUGUAUGUACUGGCAAUGAGGAAGACAGCAAUGCUGACUUAAAUGGGCAGAGCUCCAGCUGCUACAGCUCGGAGGAUGAUUCAAAUGCCUCCCAGGAGCUGAUC